ACCCCCCCCCCCCAGCACCCCAUGACGUGCGGGCUGCAGAGCGUCGCUGUGACGUUCAGGCGACCUGCUGCUGCUGCAAAGCACCUCCGACAUCUGUGCCGUGGAGGUGCCGUCAUGGACCUGGGACCGAUGCGCAAGAGUUACCGCGGGGACCGGGAGGCAUUUGAGGAGUCUCAUUUGACCUCUCUGGACCCCAUGAAGCAGUUUGCUUCCUGGUUCGAGGAGGCUGUUCAAUGCCCUGACAUAGGGGAAGCCAAUGCCAUGUGUCUGGCUACCUGCACCAGAGACGGAAAACCUUCUGCCCGCAUGCUGCUGCUGAAGGGCUUUGGCAAGGAUGGCUUCCGCUUCUUCACUAACUACGAGAGUCGGAAGGGAUCAGAGCUGGACUCCAACCCCUUUGCCUCCCUUGUCUUCUACUGGGAACCCCUUAACAGACAGGUGCGAGUGGAGGGUCCUGUGACGAGGCUGCCCGAGGAGGAGGCCGAAUGCUACUUCCACUCCCGCCCCAAAAGCAGCCAGAUUGGAGCCGUGGUCAGUCGCCAGAGUUCUGUGAUCCCUGAUCGGGAGUAUCUGAGAAAGAAAAACGAGGAACUGAAGCAGCUCUACCAGGAGCAGGAGGUGCCCAAGCCAAAGUACUGGGGGGGCUACAUCCUGUACCCCCACGUGAUGGAGUUCUGGCAAGGCCAAACCAACCGCCUACACGACCGCAUUGUCUUCCGGCGAGGCCUCCCGACAGGAGACUCCUCUUUGGGGCCCAUGACCCACCAAGGGGAAGAAGACUGGGUCUAUGAGAGACUUGCGCCUUGAUUCGGGAGUCAGAGUCGGAGGAUCGUCAGUUAGAACAGUCGGGGAGAAAUGCUAAGAGACGGUGAAGGAUUGGGAACUGGGCCCGCCUUUCUGUGUGUGUGUGUGUGUGUGUGUGUGUUUAUAUGUGUGUGUGUAUGACUUGGGAUUGAACCUAGAGCCUCACACAUGCUAGGCAAGUACUCUUCUCCCGACAAGCUAGAUUCCCAACCUAGUUUUAUUUUGAGACCGAGUCUCGCUAAAUGGCCCAGGUUGGCCUCGAGCCCAGGUAGUUCUUGAACUUGAAGAUGUUCCUGCCUCAGCCUCCCUGGUAGCUGAGGUUACAGUUCUGUGUCACCAGGCCCAGCUCAGAUCCUUCUUUUUAAACUCAACCCAUCUCUAUUCUCACCCCUGACAUCUGGGGCUCUUCAGGGCUCAUUCUCUGAGUUCUCUGCCCUCAACUGGCUCUCUGAUGGGAAAGAAUCCCAUUGUGGACCUUGCUUGUGAUUUUUUUGGAACAGCCCCACCUAGGGGUAGCCGUUGGUGUGACUCCUUUUCUAGUGUUCAGGCUUCAAGCUGGCCGUGAGAAAGAGCCAGGCCGGUUAGUGUGUGCUGUGACUCAGCCAGAACCAGAGAGCAGACUGCUGUUCGUACUGGCUGGCCUCGAACUUGUUCCUCUAGACACUAUGCUUCUUUUGACGUUAUGGGUGUGCAUUUCUGUCUAUUACUGAUAGGGCUUCUCCCAAGGCAACCUUCUGUGCAGAUCCCUCCUUCAGCUGGGUGCACAUGGACCUUGUGUUGCCUGCUGGGUGCCCUUGCCUACCUCACCCUUCUUGCUGUUGUGCCAUGGACUGUGACUUUUAUAUGAGUGGGUAGGUAGACAUAGAGAAAUGCUGUACCCUACCCCUGUUAUGAGAGCUGCGUGUCCCUCAGCUUGGAGCAUGUCUCGGCUGUUGCUUUUCAGCUCUCUAUCCGUCAGUCGCUGUACAAGUGUGUAAUAAAAGCCCAUCAGCCAUGUGUGA